AUGGCCAACGCUCGUUCUGGUAUGGCGGUGUCGGAGGAGUGCCUGGCGAAAUUCUCAAGUCUCCAGAAGAAAAAGGCUUACCGCUUCAUUACCUACAAGAUUGAGAAGGACCAGAUCGUAGUGGACACCUUUGGAGAACCUGACAAGACCUACGCUGACUUCCAAGCUGCUCUUCCUGAGAGUGACUGCCGUUAUGCGGUUUUCGACCACGAGUUUGUUACAGACGACCACUGCCACAAGAGCAAGAUUUUCUUCAUCGCCUGGUAA